ACUGGCCAAAAAUGUUCUCGUCUAGUUCGUUCUUAUUGUCAAGAUGUUAUUUUCGGAGUUCAUGAUGGUCGAGUUAAAACGUCAAAGCAUAUCAUGUUAGGUAUGACUCUAAAAAGCUUAACAAGCAGCAGAAAAAUAAUUGACAUUAUAAACAGAUAUGGACACUGUAUUAGUUAUCAAGGCGUUGAAGAAUUAGAAACUGAAACUACAUUUACAUCAAUGAAAAAGUCUAGCUUAUGUCCAGAAAAAAUAAAAAAAAAACCAGAGCUUUUUACUGGUGUGGCAUACGAUAAUUUUGAUCGUUUUGUUGAAACUUCUAGUGGUAAGGAUACUUUACACGACACAGUCGGAAUAAUAUACCAAAAUAUCGAUGCAGAUACAACUGACGAGCCUGAAAUGUCCGAAGUUUCAAGUGAAAAUACUUCGCCGAAUAAAAAAAGAAGAAGAAGAACAUUUGAUGAAAUAAAUAUAGAUGAAAUGCCAUACCCUAAGAAACCCAAAAUGACAAGUGAGUUACAAUUAUCAGUCGAUGAUAUAGAAUGUAUAGACUCUCAAAUAAACACGGAAAUUGACAACAUAUGGAUGAUUAGUCACGCUUUAGAAUUACCUGAUGUACCUAUGUGGGUUGGUUUCAAUAGUCAGAUUGAUGAUCAGGAUAGUCCACAACAACAUAUAUCUUACUUGACGCCGAUAAAUGCAUCUCCAACCAGUACACCAAUCGUAUUAGAAACUAUGAAACAAAGCCAAAAAAUAGCUGAAGAUUUACAGCAACCCUACAUACAGGUAACCUACGAUCUAGCUAUAGCUAAAGUAGCGUUACAAAUACAAGCUACAGAAAAACCAACAUUUGAUAAUUUAUUCAUUCAUUUAGGACCAUUUCAUAUAAUGAUGGCUUACUUCAAAGCUAUCGGUAAAGUAAUUAAUGAUUGUGGGUUGACUACUGUAAUGGUUGAGAGUAAUUUGCUGGCAAACGGUUCAGUUAAUGGGUUUUUAGAGGGAAAACACUUUAAUCGCUGCAAAAGAUUGCAUCCUUUAGUAGCAUUAGGACUAGAAAUACUACAUUUUAAAUCAUUUUUACAAAAUGAUAACAUUACCUUAACUGAGGAUAUAAUAGAUGAAGUUAAAAGACUCCAAAAUUGCAAAAUUUCUUUGUUUGAAAUUGAAAAUGAUGGCCUUAAAGAGCUGAUAAAUAACUACGGUAUCUACAAACAACAAACCCUUAACGGGGAGCAUGGUAAAACGUCACAAUUUUAUCUAAUUUAUAUAAAUCUUAUACAUCAUUACUUGGACUUGUCUCGAAGUAUUCGUGCUGGAAAUUUUCAACUCUUUAAAUCAGUGUUACCUAAAAUUACAAGCAUUUUUUUUAUAUUGAAUCAACAAAACUAUGCUAGGUGGAGCGUCAAAUAUUAUGAUAAUCUACUGCAAGUUGACAAAACUCAUCCUGAUUUGUAUGAAGGAUUCCUAAAAGGCUGUUUUGGAAUUAAAAGAACUACCAAGCCAUUUUCAAGACAACCUAUUGACCUGGUUCUAGAGCAAACUAUAAAUGCAGAAGCUGCAAGAAGGCUGACAGGUGUUACACACUUCACUAACUCAAUUUCGGCGCGACAACGGUGGGCUCGAAACCAUGAUGUGAGAUCUACAAUUAUAAGUCAAGUUUAUCUUGAACUUGGACUACAAAAACAUCAAGAUAUUUCAGCAGAUUUGAAUCCCCAUAAUAUCAGGAAAAACGCCAAACAAUUACAACAAUUUGUCGCAACUUUCGAUCAAUUUAUCAAUCCUUUCAGUUUAGAAGUUCCCAAAGACCAAUUAGUAAAUAUUUCAUCAGGAAAGUCCGCAUCACUGCCAGUAGAAGAAUUUCUAUUAAAUUUAGAAGCUAACGGCGAUAGCCUUCGAAAAACAUUCAUUUCUGAAUGCCAAUCUGAUAUUACGCGAUUUGAAAAAGCUAUUAAAAAAAAAUCUAUUAAUAAUUUUUCUAAAGAUUAUGAAAAAAAAAAAAUUAAAGUCGGUGGACAAAUUCAAGAAGUUAAAAUUCAAAGGGAUUUAUUUGGACGUAUGCUGGGAAUCUCAAUGGAUUACAGCAUUGACAUUUCAAAAAUCUUAUCCUACCCGAUUACUUCAGUACCGUUGUCAAUGUGUCAUUUGGAUGGGACCGUUUGCAAGACCGAUAAAUCUGCUUUGAUGAAAUGUUUAGAGAAAGAGGCCGAGCAUGAACAGCCAUCUCAAAUUGAUAUUCUAAUAAUUGACGGUUUUUUUUUGUUACAUACAAUGAAAAAUGUUCCUAGAAAAUUCGGAGACAUUUCUAAAAAAAUGUUGCAGAUGGUAACUCAAUUAAAAGCGUCAAGAAUUGAUGUCGUUUUCGACCAGUAUUUUACCCCAUCGAUAAAAGGAUACGAACGUUCUCUGCGAUUUGAAUCUGCACAAUUGGAGUAUACUAUUGCUGGUCCUGAACAAGUCCGUCCUAGUGACUUUGUCAAAGAAUUAAAAAAUUCUAAUUUUAAAGAAGCUCUAGUUGAUUUUUUUAUUUUACACUGGGCUUCUGACGAAAUGGCGCCGUUUAUUGGCAAUAAAAUGAUACAUAUAAAUUUCAGAAAAUGUCAUUCGUUUACUGUUAAUGAGGCCAAAAAAGUGAUGUCAGGUGUAAAUGAGGAAUUGUCUUGCCCAGAGCAUGAAGAAGCAGACACCAAAAUAGUGUACCACGCGUGUAAAAUUAACCAUGAAGCAAACAUUGUGAUUCGAACUGUUGACACCGAUGUUGCUGCUAUAAUGCUAAGUCACAUGCAUCGUCUUAAUGAUGGAUCACAUGUUUGGAUGCUUACAGGAGCUGGAAAUAAUUUAAGAUAUGUGGACCUAACUAAUAUACACGCCAAAUUAGGAGAAUCUAUUUGCAGAAGUUUACCUGGACUACACGCUUUCACAGGAUGUGAUUACAAUCCUGCAUUUUACAGAAAAGCAAAAUUAAAACCGUUUAAAUUGUUAAAAAAAUAUGUAGAGUUUCAACAAGCAUUCAUGAAGUUUGGUGACAGCAAAAUCAUCGAAAAUAACAAUGAACAAGUAUUAAUCUUCGAUAUAAUUCAAAGUUUUGUAUGCUAUCUAUACAAUAUGAAUGAUAUCAAUGAUGUUGAUGCUGCUAGGCUACAAAUGUUUAUUAAUUCGUAUACAGUAUCUGAUGUGAACGAAGCUUUUAAUCGAAAAAAGUUGCAAAAUUUCGAUGCUAGCUGUUUACCACCUUGCAAAAGUGAGCUAUGGCAGCAAUUUUUGCGAGCGAAUUACAUAUGUAGCAUAUGGAACAACGCUCACUUACAAAAGCCAACAGCAUAUAAACCAGUAAAUAAUGGUUGGAUACUGGAAAAUGACCACUACUAUUUUAAAUGGUUUGAAGGAGAUCAAUUACCGACUUAUGUCAGCGAAUCUCUAAAAACAGUUCCAGAAAACAAUGAAGAAGGCGAUAUUGAAGACGAUCAAUCCACAGAAUGGAAUAAUAGUGACGAGGAAUAUGGAUGUAUUGACGACGACGAUGAAAAUGAUGAAAAUGUUUAAAGAUUUUAUUAAAAUAAAUAUAUUUUUCUGUAA